AGUUUUCCCGUUUCCACAACAAAACUUUCCAUCAAUUUCCUCAAAAAGAUUAGAUAAACUAGUUUCAAGUGGAGCAACUUACUUGUUUUUUAUACGUAGUUCAAUCGUUACUGUAUUUUAUUUGUUGCGGGCAAUAAAAACGAAUCUGUAUCAUAUUAAUAACCUUGUUAAUGAUAACGCAGGAUUGCUUCAAUUAAUUCAGUUGUACUAAUUAAGUCAGUCAAUUUACACCAUGGUUGUGGAAGUGCCUAAAAUCCAAUUAGGAAAUGGACAGACUAUGCCUAUUGUCGGACUAGGCACUUACGCGCGUAAAGCGGAACCAGGCCAGUACCGGCAAGCGGUAGAGUGGGCUAUAGAGGCUGGUUACCGGCACAUAGACACAGCUUCCUGCUACAACAAUGAGGAGGAGGUCGGAGAAGGGAUAGCUAACGCAAUAAGCAAAGGGCUUGUCACUCGGCAGGAGCUGCUUGUCACAACUAAGUUGUGGAAUGACUGCCACGCGGAAGCUGAUGUUAUCCCGGCUCUGGAGAAGUCCCUAGCGAGGCUGAAACUGGACUAUGUCGACCUGUAUCUAGUGCAUUGGCCUGUCUCCGUUACUGCUUCAGGAGAAGACACGGGUAUCGACUACCUAGAAACCUGGCGCGGUAUGGAAGAAGCGGCGCGAAGGGGGUUAGCGCGGGGCAUCGGCGUUUCUAACUUCAACGCCGACCAGCUCCAGCGGGUCUUACGAGUCGCGCAGAUCAAACCACUCGUCAACCAGAUAGAGAUAAACCCAACGCUGACUAACCACGAGCUAGUCAACUUCUGCAAAGCCAACGGCGUGGUUCCAGUGGCGUAUACCGCACUAGGUCUGCUAUCAGAAGCUCGGCCAGAAUUUGCUGAUAAGGAUGUCAUUAAGACGGACGCGGCCCUUGGCAGGGUGGCUGAGCAACAUGGGAAGACUCGAGCUCAAGUUGUCCUGAGAUAUCUGAUCCAGCGGAGCAUCCCGGUGAUCCCCAAGUCCUUCACGCAGUCCCGUCUAGCCGAGAACCUGAACCUCUUUGAUUUCGAGCUGAGCCCGGCCGAUAUGGACGUGGUCGACUCAUACAACAUCAACCAUCGCUGUUAA